UAUAUUGUCAUGUAAAUGUCAAGUGGUUUCGCAAAAGUGAACACAUAACCUCAAAUUUUAAAUUUAUUUCUAUUUGCAUCUAAUGUUCAAUUUAUAAUUAUUUUAUAUUUAAUUAUUUUCAAUUCCUUCAGAGUGUUUGCUGACACCAGGCAAUCCACGUUUGUUUCUAUAGUAGCACCUUACAAUGGCGGCUCCUGGAGAAAUGAGUGAAGCUGACCAAAUAAAAACCUUUAAGGAUUUCCUCGUACAAUACAACAAGCUGUCAGAACUAUGUUUCAAUGACUGUGUUCACGAUUUCACAUCAAGGACCCUGAGAUCAUCAGAGGAAAAGUGCACAUUAAAUUGUAUGGAAAAAUACUUAAGAACAAACCAGAGAGUCUCACAACGGUUCCAUGAGUUCCAGAUGAUUGCCAAUGAAAAUAUGAUAGCACUGACGCAAAAAUCAAAUCCAAGCUAAGUUUAAAAGAAUACCAAAGUUGUAUUUAUUUUAUUUUGUUAGAGUCUGCCAUAAUGUUUUGGCAAAUAAAGUUGUUAUAUAGAUA